AUGGUCGUAUCUUACCUAUUUGUAGGUAUUAUAGUUUGUUUGAAUCAAAUGGCAAAUGCUGAGGUUUCCUCAUUUAUGCCGUUGACAGGCUUUUAUAUAAAACAUGCUGAGCAUCUUAUUGACGAAGCUUAUGGUUUUGGAUUAGGUUGGAUUAUGGUAUAUCAAACAGUAGUACCUUCUGAAUUAUCGGCAACUGCAGUUGUAAUGUCAUAUUGGUCUGACCUAAACCCAGCAGUGUGGAUUACAAUUUUUGGAGUUUUGAUUGUUGCAACGAACUCCUAUAGUGUUAGGUUUUAUGGAGAAUUUGAAUAUGUUUUAGGCGUCGUUAAAAUAAUCUUGAUACUAGGGCUUUUUCUAGUUAGCCUUGUUAUUGACUUAGGAGGUGUCAAGGGUCAAGGAAGGAUCGGUUUCAGAUACUGGAAAGAGACACCGUGGAAUGAAUAUUAUACUUCAGGCUCAUUGGGUCGUUUUUUGGCCUUCUGGGAAUGUGUAUCCGGAGUGGUAUACUCCUAUGGAGGAGUUCAAUUUAUUAGCAUGUUUGGAGGAGAAACAAAAUAUCCACGCAGGAGCAUUUUCGUGGCAGCAAAGAGAAUUGGUAUGUAUUACAUUUUGAAGACCCCAAGACUCUACUAA